UGCCGUGUGUUGUGGAAUAACUAGUAGUAAAAGCGGUUGAGCAUAGGAUUGAGCGAACAACAAAUGCACUAACGAUGACGGACCAUCAUGCAACUCCCAAGACAUCCUGCAGAACAUUCCACUUUAACCAGAAUCUCGCGUCCGAUAGAAAAAAAUUAUAGAAUGUACACGAAAAUUAAUCGAACAAUAUAACAAUAUCUCCGAUACUACUUGACCGAUACCGAACCAAAAAAAAAGUACAAAUGUCUGCCAUCCGUCGCUGUGACCGUUGCUACCACUACUGCCGCCGUCAGCCGCAAGGGCAUAGCCACCAGAUCGUCCUAGUAUUGUAGCACAGCAUAUAGCACUCGUUCGCAACCAGGAGGAGGGAUUAGCAGUAGCAGCAUCCUUUACAAACUUGACUACUACAACCCGGUCGAAACCCAACCCGGUUGGUCCGUGGAUCAUUGGUAUAAAGUUAGUGGAGGGUGGUGGAGUUCCCUUCGUAGCUGGUGAAGAGAAGAAAAAUUAUUGAACUGGCAAAUGCCCACCAAUAUGGUCCUCGAAACGGGACGAAACAGCGAUGGCACGACGACGACGACGACGACGAUGAAUGCAAAUUCGGCGGUUGCUCUGCGCGGAUCGACAAACAGUAACUCGAGCGGUGGGAUGGGGGGUCCGGUGCUGGUGCGUCCGACCUCGCUGCUCCCGCCAGAAAAGGAACCGGUCAACUUCCAGAUCAACCUGAUCGGUGCCCCACCCGAGGUGGAGCAGCUGAUCGAGCACAUCAAAGCGGUCGCGGAGCAGUUUCUCUAUCAUUGGAAAACUUUUCCCAUCAAUCUCCCCACACCGCUUUCGAUCAGCCCCGGUGGUGGCGUUGGAAAUGGGGCGGGCCAAACUUCCCUUACGGUCUCCGGAGUGGGUGGUGGUAGCAAUGUCAACAUGCAGAACUCGCUCGUCGGCAGCAGUGGAAGCCGGAAGACACGUCCGAUCAACCUGCGCGAUCUGUUUAUCGCACCGCCGUUCGACGAGCUGGAUGCGGUGGCCGCAGACGGCACCGGCGAACCGCGACUGCUGACCAACGCACAACUGCGUUCGUUGCGUGAACGUGGUGAGUUCGAAGUGCCGAGCCUAAACUUUCCCGGCCAGGUGCACCGUUGGCGACUGUCGCAGUUCCUACAGAAGGGCUCCGAGCGGACGCGCGACUCGCUGCUCAGCGAUCUCGCACUUUCCGCUCGCUUCAUCGUCAUUACUGCCAAGGGACGCCUCACUGGCCACUUCUUUUCCGUUGCCCACGCCAUCCGGGCCCUGUUGCAGGGUUUGAUCAAACUGGUCGACAUGGUUGUAGGCGUUCCCUCGUUGCUAGCGCAUAACUUAGAUAAUAAAAUUAAAGAAGAGCGUUGUCGAUUUUUGGUAGCGGAGUUAGUUUGUAGAAGCGAGUACGAAGACUGUCUAGAUUCGUUGUGCAGCUACGUGCGCCACCAGCUGCGUCGGGCAACGAUGGAAAAGUUCGACGUCAACUGCAACCAGGCACAACCGAUCCCGUACCUAUACGUGACACCCAAGGGCCAGGAUAUCGAUCUGCGCCUGUUCUCGAAGGACACGAUGCGGCGCGCCCUUCCGAUCCUUGUUGGCAUCCUGGAGAAGGAAACGCGCGGCUGGUUUCUUCACUUCCGCGAGCGGCUCAUCAGCGAGUUGCGCGAGCGCAAGAUGUCCGACGCGGAGAUCGAGGAGGAGGUUAACGACGCCGUGAUGAAAGAGUAUCUGCAGCGUGUCUACACGUCGAUCCUGUCGAACACCGAUUUGGCGGAGCUGGGCGACAACAUACCGCAGCUGCUGGUACAGCAGGCCCAAUCGGUCGUCAUCAUGCACAAAGCGGUGGAUAAAAUACAGAAGGAGUUGAAAAAGUCGCGCGAAGAGAUGGAAAAGACGUUCCAGGAGCAGCAUCCGGUACUGUCGCGCGUUUAUCCGUGGCUGCGGGCCAAAUUGAACGCCGUCGAGCUGACGAAGCUGUCGAAGAUUACCUGGGGAGCACACGAGGAAGCACUGCGGGCCGCCCAGCGUCACAAUCUACACCAAACGGUGUACUUUCUUAAUCGUGAUUUAGCAUUUAUGAAGGAGCGAGAACCGGUCUUGUUGAAGGAGCUGAAAAAUGCCAAAACACCGACCCGCAACUUUCAGUGGGCCUGCCGCAUCUGGUCGCCCAAGUCUUGGAUCAUUCGGCGCAGCUUUCAAGGCCACUCGGAGGUUAUACCGACCGUGACCUGCCAGCAGGCAACCUCUAUCGUUACGCCCCGUUCGGACCCCAGCCAGCCCGUUUUCCUCGUCGAAAAGGAGUUGAUUCGUUCGACGAGCACCCGCUGGCCGAUGUGGCGCCUGUUAAAUCUCUUCCAGCGCACCUGGACCUGGACUUGGAACAUUAUGUUUCUGCUUGGCGUAAUUGUGCCCUGGUGCAGCCCGCUCGGUCUUCGAGCAUUGUUCUGCAAGAAGCCUUUCAUGGCCGACCUGGAGCUAUCGCAGGUGAACGGAACACUCUUCCCACGCAAAACCAGCAUCACACCGACCAUGUUCUCGCGGCUGAUGGAACUUUGGCGUCAUAUCUCCAAAGCGCGAACCCAUUUCGAGACCGAACCGGAUACGGGUUUCAUCGGCAAAGGGAUGACGCGUCAUCUCAACCGAUUGUACAACUACUUCAUAAAGGGAUUCCUCGGGACGCUCGUCAUUCUGGUGCUAUUUCCUUUGCUCUGCCUCGCCGUAAGUGCAUCGAGUUUGGUGCUCGCCGUUUCCGCCCCCCUUUGGAUGCCAUUCAUCACGGUCACGCUGCAUCUGUACAUGAUGCUUGUGUAUGAUCUAGACUGUCCGGACGAGAGCCGCCGAAAUCGGUACUGCAUUCUGCUCGAAGCGGUCGGAUGGAACAUUGGCGUCCAGGGGCUGCUGCAACCGGUGGCCGCCCUUGUCGUAGCAUCCGUACUCUGUCCGUUGAUCGCGGUGUUGGUGUUCUUCGUCGGCAUCGUACGGUAUUGGGUGCGGCUGUUCUGGGAUGCAGCCACGUUCCAUCUGUUUAUCAAGAAGUGUGGCCGGGUGCCGGCAAGUGACAGUUUCGCAGUACGGCGCAUCGCUGGUCCCGGGUUAGCAUUGGAUUACUACUUUUCGAUCAAACCGGAACAGGCGUUGGCUGCUUUUGAGGCAAAAAUGGAACUGGAUGAAUUGCAGGCAUACCAACAUUCCAUGGAGACUAUCAUCUGUCAACCGCAAAAAGACUUCAGCCAGUUUGUAGAAGCCUGCUUUGGACCGUUUUCGGCACAGCUCUCUAAAACCGUCGGCCCCUACCGACAGCUAGAACGUGAGGGCCAGGAUCUGAUGGUAUCGUUGCACGAGAAGCUCGAGAAGCGACGCCGCGACUUGCAGACGGGACUGACGACGGCGGUAAAGUCGCGCAUCAAGCUGAACACGAUGGAGCUAAAGAUUGUCAUCCAGCAGUCGGCGUACAUGCUGGAGAAGUUCUAUCCCUCGCACGUGAUCGCUCGGCUGUCGAUCAGCGAGGAAGAGUUUUGGGACGCAAAGGGCCUCUCGGUGGGCGAUUGGGCCGGUCUUGCCGGGAUGCUGUAUGCGGACAUUUUUAGCCUGGAUUUCCUGACGCCACUUUCGGACACGGACACCCAGUUCAAGCUGGAACCGCACGCGCAGCUCGACCUCAGCCGGUACACCGAGAUGGUGCAGAACACCAGCGACAUCAUGGGCAUCAAUGGACCGGACCUGCUGGGGAACGUGUAUGCACCGCGUGGCAACAUUCAGGUGCACUCGCCGUAUCUAGAGGUGUCCGCAUUCAAUCCACGAUCGCGGGUUAUGAUCAACUCAAGGCGGGCAGAAAAACGGAACGAUACAUCGUCCUCCGGUCUGACGACACCACGCGUGCGAGCUCGCCGCUCGCCGAUACCCUCGCCGAAACACAAAACCGCGAGUUGGAAACCAUGGAAGCGGAAACAGCAACCAAAGCAUGCGGCGGACAAAAUGCUGAUUCCGCUGCCGAUUCCGCACCCGGUGCACAUCGCCAUAUCAAUCUAUAACCGUGAUUCGGAUCAACCGAUUCCGAUUGAGUCGGACCUUUGCUGGGAGAUAUUGCGCUCGAUUGAGGAGUGUCAAGGCGAUCAGGAGGCGAUUGUACGUUUCCGCGAGUUGGCCGAUCGCAUUGACGGUCACCACCAUCAUCAUCAUCAGCACCACCACCAUGCCGGAAACCGUUCGGUGGGUAUUAGUGUCGAUGGGCUGGCAGCUAUCGAUAGUAGCAUCGAUUCACUCGACUCGCAAAACUCGUCUAACUCGGGGACCAAGGACAGCAUGGACAUGAUAGCGGGUGCAACAGAAACCCUUCCGUGCACCAAUCGCGAAGUCACGAUCGUGAUGCCCUCGACAGUACUUGGUGCCGACGAUGAUGUAGAUAUUACGGUUGGUGGUCGAGAUCUGGGUGGUAGCGAUGCGAUCCAGCAGCAACAACAGCAGCAGCACAGUACCGUCGUUAUGAUGCCUUCGACAAAUGGCACCGGAAGUGUCACGACGACGACGGUAGCGUCGGCAGCCGGUGCAGGUGUCACUACACCUUCCUCUGCUACGGCCAGUGCCGGACCGACGCACUUCCACUGGACGUUGCGCAACUGGGGCGGAGGGAACGGUCAGGGGCAGGGAGGAAAUCGUCGGCGUAACACGAGCUACACAUACAGCAGCACUACGACCAGCGGCGGUGGAGGUGCCGGGGGUCAGCUGAACAGUGGCAGUGCGACCAACUCGGCCAACGAUAGCCAGCUGGAUCAAAUUCGUGUUGAUCUCGCCAGCCCGGAAGAUAUCUCCCUUGACACGGACAGCUCGCGGGCCAUGUUCACGGCCGCGUACGGAACAACCGUUUGAGUGGACGCACCACCCUGCCUUCUCCUAUCGAAUUCCGUUGGCACGCACGCGCUUCCUAAAGCCCUGAUUGCGAGGGCCUACCAAGAGGGUGCCUAGUGCAGGAGAAGAUACAGGGCAUGACUCCAAACAAACGCUUUUCCCUGCGGAAAAUGCUCUCUUAUCACCGCCCUUCUAUUUCUCUGGAGGACCCAUUACUACAAGUAAUGCGUAGAGUUACACCGCAAGGAUGGGACCGUGUGUGUGAACUUUUUGGGCGGCGAUCUUUCUUUUUUUUUUUUGAUCCCGUUCAAUUGCCAUUGUUUUCGUCGAAAAAAAGAAUGGACAUUUUAUUUUAUGCAUUAAUCACUCACUCAGUGUCAUAGACAUAAGCAGCAUGAAUUAAUUGUUAAGUGUAUCCACACACACACAAACACACAUACAAAACCAACAACCCUACCUUUAUUUGUGUCUAGUCGCAUUUUGUUUAACAUUUUGUUUAUUUUCUGUUGCCUUUUUUAUUACGUUGUGAUUUGUUUUUUAACCUACCCCUUAACGUUACCCAUUGUUUAGUGUCCGUGUUUAGGUUUUCUGUUUUCUUUUGCUUUUACCUUCUGUCGAUCGUAGUAAGCCCGUCGUCUAACAAACCCUUCUGCUUUUGGUGUACAAAAUUGCAAAGUUACAAAAAAAGUACCCGAUCAAAGAGUACUCGAUGGAAAAGUAUCCAAACGUAAUCGAACAGCACAGGCCAUGACGAGUUGAAGUUUCAAAACCGAAGAAUAGCCGUGGUUUGAAGGAGCAAAAAAAGAAUAAUCAUUUUGCACAUUGCAAACCCAUCGGAAGCGAUAAUGCUAUCGGGUGGAGGAAACUAUGGAGCAAAAAUAUCUUCCAAAUUUUCUAAAAACAUCAUCCAGAGUCGUGUAGAAAAGCCGUAUUGUAAAAUGGAACGGUUAAACGGUUAAAUACCGACUAUGGGAAAAAAACAACCAGCGUGAUGCUCGGAAUUAGGAACUCUAGGAUAAGAUUUACGUUUGCGGCUCUCUAAUUAUCUUUCUCACACUCACUCUUGACUCGCUUGUAUUGCAAACAUAAUGCUUAUAGUACCGGUUUAACAUACUUACCUAUUUAUAGAAAAUCGUCUAACGGUGUAGUGUUUGACUACGAAAGUCAGAGUAGAAUUUUAUAUCAUACAAGCGAAAACAGAAACAUUCUAUGGGAAUCAGAACCAAAACAAAACCACACAACUAUGCCAUGUUUGUGUAUGCUUUGGCUUAUUGAUGGACAACGUUGCAUUUGUGUUAGGAAGGUAGAAUUGGUCUUCUGCCACAUGCAAUUUGGUUUAGCCUGGCCAUCCCGGCCUAUGCCCUCGGAUGCGAUCUAACGCAAGUGAAAAAGAACUCGAAAAGAAUUCGUGUGUGGCACAAUAGAACAAAUAAUCAAGUUUUUUUGCGAUAAGAGAAGAGUAGGUGGGCCAAACUAUCAAAUUUCCACAGUGCGCAAGGUGGAGAGGUAAAUUGGCCCACCGAUCGUGUAGUAUUCAUUCUGUGUGUAUUACAGAACUCAUUCACAAAGUCGUACAAACAAAUUUAAACAAUUCCCAUGUCACAAAUUGAAUACUCUUUUAAUUACGUAUCUCGUAUUAGUACGUUACAAAUUAUGUAAAAUUGCUUUAUUAUUUUUUCUUUAUUCCAUAUUCUGCGUACCUUUAAAACAUGCCCUCUUUUCUAUUCCAGUUGUUGUGAUACUCUAUUGAAACAGAUUCCAGUCCUAUUCCAGCCAAUUUGAUGAAAAGUUGGAUCAUUCCAAGAGAAAAAGAAGAAAAGGAAAUUUAUAAAAUUGUUUCCCUCUUUCAUGCUUCUCCGUUUACCAGUACAUUUUAUAAUUUUUUAAUUUUUAUUACACAUUUAUUACCUUUCCUUUUAAAGCUCAACUACAUUCAAACGAGUUUUUUGGUCGAAUUUAUUAUUCGAUAGAAAUAAAUAAACAGGCAACAUGCGGAAUUCCACGAAUAGUCGUCAGAUAGUGUACCACAAUUGAACCAAAGAUAGGACGAAACCUAGAAUCUGACACACGCCUCUCUACGCAAUUUUGUUUUUUGCUUAACAUUUACACGUGCAGCUAUGUUUCCGUUGUAAGGCAAUUUUGAUGAUAGUCUUUCCGUUCGACUAAGCCUUUUUAGAAAUAUAAACUUAUGCUGGAUAAAGAGGCAACUUACCAAGCUGCAGCUACAAUAUACAUGACUGCGAGGAACCGCGAGAAAUCAUGAAACCUCAUUACCUGUGCGUCUGAAAACCAGUAUGUAGUCUAUAAAGCCAAUCGAUUAUUUACUUGGCGUUUAAUAUUGUUUUUUGUUGUUCGAAAUAAUACCAUUUCCAGAAGCUUUUGUUGCGUAAUCUUAAUCGAAAUUACUUUUCAUUUAUCAAUCGCGCCUUUUAGUAUGUGUAGUCGUUUUAGUCACUCGAAUCGUUGUUCGAUGUAAAUACUCACCCACUCUCCGAUAACCCACAUGUUCGUUAGCCGGCAUCGCGAACGUCAUCUGACAAAUAAGAAGGUAGAUUAAAGAUAAUUCAAGGAAGGCCAUUAGCCUUAGACUAACCGGUAGGGUUCUACUGGGUAACAUAUAAACCAAAAUCCCCCCUCAUCAUGACCCCUGCGAGACUUUCCGUUACGUUUCCUGCAGAGUUUGCAUCUAAUAAAUUUCUCAUUCGUCGCAAAUGUGAUUAAGUCAUGUAUUGAUCAGUUUUUGCGCAACGGAAGAUCCAACCGACAAUGAUCCCCGACGGUCGUAAAGUUUAGACAGAUGGCAGCAAAGUAUAAUAGAAAUUAAUACUGCAACAGGAAAUAAAAUUCAACUGCAACAGAUCGUUUGUGCUAAUGCAAUCAGAAAGAGAGAAAAUGAGUUAAGAACGUAUGAAAACAUUAAAAAAGAGUUAAAAGAACCGAGCAACAAAACUAACGAAGAAAGAAAUGGAUAAUAUAAACGAGACUACUACAAAUGGAUUGAAUUUAAAGAAAACAUUUAAAUAUAAUAAAUUUAAUGAAACAUUGAUUUGUUCUUGAGAACAGGUUA